GAAAAGAGAAAUGCCAGUUACUGGUUCCAACCAACCUUUUUCCUUUCUCUGUCAAUCCAACAGCACCAGUUUCUUUCAAAAUCUGAAGACAACCCAUUUCACAGACCCAAAUAAGGAACCAAAAUCUGGGGAAAAGAAACAAACUUGGCAUUGGGUUUUGGAUUUUGAUUUCUUCUUCUCAAUCUUCAUUCCCUUUGUUUAAUUUUUCUCCUUCUCCUCCAGAAAAGAUGUUUUCUUUGAAGAACAGCAUUGUGCAUUGACAACAACACACAAUAGGUAUUUUUUUUUUCUUUUCUUGUCCUCACAUGAUCAUUGAUGGGUGAAUAGAGGCCAAAGGGGGUGUUGUAGGGCUAUGAGGGAGAGGGUGGGAGGGGCAAAGCUGAAGCCUUUUGGAAAAGAAUGAACAAAGAGCUUACUGGCUUUGUGAAGGCUUGGGAAGCAGCAGUUAGGAAAUCAGCAGGUCCAAAGAAGAGGGCAAGCAGCAUCUUCACACCAAUGUCUGUUGCCCAUGUUGAUGAUGAUUAUGAUGCAAGGAAUGGUGGUGAGGUUUCCGUUACUCAGGUUGAGAAGAUUCUCCCCAAUGGCGACUUCUACACGGGGCAGUGGCUGGAGAAUGGUCCUCACAGCCAGGGAAAGUAUCUGUGGACAGAUGGAUGCAUGUAUGUUGGGGAAUGGCAGAGGGGUGCAAUCACGGGGAAAGGGAGGUUCAGCUGGCCCAGUGGUGCCACCUACGAGGGUGAUUUCAAGAGUGGUUACAUGGAUGGGAAGGGCACUUACAUAGGGUCUUCUGGGGACACCUAUAAGGGUUGUUGGGUGAUGGAGUUGAGACAUGGCCAAGGGACUCAGAGCUACCCCAAUGGGGACUUCUAUGAUGGAGAGUGGAGGAAGGGAUUGCAGAAUGGGCAUGGGAGGUACCAGUGGAAGAAUGGGAACCAUUACAUUGGACAGUGGAGGAAUGGUGUGUUCUAUGGGAAUGGCACCAUGAUGUGGAGCAAUGGGAAUAGGUUUGAUGGUUGUUGGGAAGAUGGGUUGCCCAGGGGGAAUGGCACAUUCAGGUGGGGUGAUGGGAGUUUCUAUGUUGGGGUGUGGAGUAGAGAUUCAAGAGAGCAAAGUGGAACAUACUACCCUUCUGGCUCUUGUGUUGGCCAUUUGGAGUGGGAUCCUCAGGAGCUGUUCUCUGUGGACUUGGUGGAUUGCAGUAUUUGUGCUUGUGAGAAGGUGGCAAUUUACCCUUCACAGAAGAGUUUGAACAUUUUGGAUUUGGAUAAGAUGAGUAGGAAGGGAACUGAUUUUAAUGGGAGGACAAGGUGGAGUUCGGCAGAUGCAAGGGUUAGCAAUUACAGUUCUGAAGAUGGUUCCUAUGACGGCUCAAGGACUUCUCAUUGUGAUAAUUCUAUUCCAAGAGUGCCAAAUUUGAGGUUGAAGCCUCCGAAGAAACAGGGAGAGACUAUUUCUAAAGGGCAUAAAAACUAUGACCUCAUGCUUAAUCUGCAGCUUGGUAUCAGACAUGCUGUUGGAAGACCUGCUCCAAGUACAUCUCUUGAUUUAAAGUCUUCUGCAUUUGAUCCUAAAGAAAAAGUAUGGACUAAAUUUCCACCAGAAGGAUCCAAGCACACGCCACCUCACUCCUCAUGCGAGUUUAGAUGGAAAGACUACUGUCCUGUAGUGUUCAGGGCUCUUAGAAAAUUAUUCAAAGUAGAUCCUGCUGAUUACAUGAUAUCAUUAUGUGGAAAUGAUGCCCUUCGGGAGCUCUCAUCUCCUGGAAAAAGUGGAAGCUUUUUUUAUUUGACAAAUGAUGACCGCUACAUGAUAAAGACCAUGAAGAAAUCAGAAGUAAAAGUUUUCUUGAGAAUGCUCCCUGGUUACUACAAACAUGUUCGGGCUUUUGAGAACACUCUAGUCACCAAGUUCUUUGGUCUCCACUGUGUUAAGCUAACAGGAACUGCACAGAAGAAGGUUCGAUUUGUCAUCAUGGGAAAUCUAUUCUGCUCACAAUAUGCCAUCCAUAGGCGCUUUGACUUGAAAGGUUCCACCUUUGGUCGCACAACAGAUAAACCUGAGUCAGAAAUAGACCCUACAACAACACUUAAGGACCUUGAUUUAAAUUAUAUAUUUCGGUUGCGGAAAUCUUGGUUUCAAGAAUUUUGCAGGCAAGUGAACAAAGACUGUGACUUUCUGGAACAGGAGAGGAUCAUGGAUUAUAGUAUGUUGGUAGGUCUUCACUUUCGAGGAAUGUCUUCUUGUGACAAUGUUACUCCUACUUCUGGUUACAGUCCAGGCUCUACAACCCCAACUGGCAAUGGUAACAUGGCUGAUGGAGCACCACGUCUUUCAGGAGUGGAUGUGGAUCAUCUUGUUGUAGAUCCUAGUCGGUGGAUUCAGUUAGGUAUAAACAUGCCAGCACGAGCUGAAUUGACAGUGCGAAAAAGUUGUGACACUCCUCAGUUAGUAGGACAACCAACCGGUGAGUUAUAUGAGAUCAUCAUCUUUUUCGGGAUCAUUGACAUAUUACAAGACUAUGACAUCAGUAAAAAGCUUGAGCAUGCUUACAAAGCAUUCCAAUAUGAUGCAACAACAAUCUCUGCUGUUGAUCCAAGACUGUACUCUAGACGGUUUCGUGAUUUCAUCUUCAGAGUUUUUGUAGAGGACUAAAACAUUCAAAUUGCAGUUGCAGCACUAACCAGCAUAUUGAUAUAAUCAUUGCACAGAAUCACCAACAACACACACUAGUUGAGGGUGUUCUUGUGAUAUUCUAGCCAGAAGGGGUUGCAUGGUUCUGAAAUUUGCUCAUCCUUCACCCCUUACAGUUUGUGAUUUUUAUAUUAAUUAUAGUCACAGCUAAUGUAUGUUGUAGUGUAGAUCAAUGUUGUUCAGAGUUACUCAAGAAGCCUUUUUUUUCCCAAUUGUAAAUGAAUCAACACAAAGGGUCAAACAACAUUGGAAACUAUUCUUUUUUGCUUACAUAUUUAUAAUAUCCCAGGUGAGCCUCUGGGGUUUCAGCUCUGAAUAAACAUGUACAGAAAAGAAGUGAAGGGCAUUAAGAUUUGUGUGCAGAAAUGUGUGGAUCAUCCUUGUGUGUAGAGGUUCCCCUUUUGCAUACUUUGGAUAUUUUUUUGUGACCCUUUAAUGAAUGAAUGAAAAGGUUUAAG